AUGAUCUUUGUAGCAACUACUGGAGUCCGUGAAUCGGAGAUGGAGCUGGUGGCUAGAUCCGUCCUGCCAAAGUUCUACAUGGAUGACAUAAGCAUGGACACAUGGAGGGUUUUCAGUUCAUGCAAGAAGAGGGUCGUAGCGACGAGAAUGCCUCGAGUUAUGGUGGAGAGUUUCGCCAAGGAGCAUCUCAGAGCCGAUGAAGUCAUCGGUUCUGAGCUGAUCGUGAACGGGUUCUGUUUUUUCACUGGUUUGAUACGUGAAACCAACAUCGAUCAGUCCGUUAUGAAUCAUGUCGCUAACUUGUUUGUUGAUCAAAGAUAUCAGCUUGGUCUUGGAAGGCCGGCUUCAGAGGCGUCCACAACAUUCUUAUCGUUAUGUGAGGACCACAUUCAUGAACCGGUGCACUGGAACCACCCUGACAACCAACUUGAGCUGCAGCCUCCCAAGCCAGUGAUCUUCCACGCGGCACGCUUCCACAAGCGGCCAACACCAGCUACAGCUCUCCUCAUCUUCCUGUGGUUCCCAUUUGGAAUUGUUCUCUCGGCCAUCCGGAUCCUUGUUGUGUUCAUUCUCCCAAUGAUGGCCAUACCUUACGUCAUUGGUAUAUCGGGCGGGCGAGUUAUCGUCAAGGGCAAGCCUCCUACAGCUGGAGACUCUGGUGGCCUACUCUUAGUAUGUAAUCAUAGAACUAUGAUUGACCCUGUUGUGAUAUCUUAUGCGCUGGGACGCAGCAUGGCGGUCAUUACAUCAAAUCUCCCUCGGAUAUUCGAUACCCUGAGUCCAGUCCCCAUUGUCCGAAUUACAAGAAUCCGUGAUCUUGAUGCUGCAAAGAUGAAGCAAGUUCUAUCCAAAGGAGACCUACUGCUAUGUCCUGAAGGAACCACUUGUUAUCAGCCCUUCGUGCUCAGGUUUAGUGCACUGUUCGCGGAGUUAACUCACAAGAUCGUGCCCGUGGCAAUUAACUGUCGAGUUGGAUUCUUCCAAACCUCCGCAAGAAGCUGGGUUGGUCUGGACUUGAUCUUCUUAUUUAUGAACCCCACAAUCGUUUACGAGGUUACAUUCCUGAACCAGCUCCCCUUGGAGGCCACGUGUUCCUCUGGGAGAAGCCCGUAUGACGUGGCCAACCAUGUUCAGAGAAUCUUGGCGGCUAAGUUAGGGUUCCAGUGCACUAAUUCCGGGAGAUCCGAUAAGCACAAGAUUACGAAGAUGGGUGCACGCUAUGCCGCAUAG